AUUGAACCGUUACUCGCCUUCUUCCCUUCCUCCCUCCCUUUUAAACCUCAAACCUCACUCGCUGUCUCUCUCCGUCUCGCACCCAUGACUGUCGCAGAGGCAGCCACAGCCAACACCAAGAAGCUCAUGAAGCUCUUUAUCUCUCUUCUCCGCCGAGGCUUCAGCUCCUCCAAAUGCAAAACGGCGGCAAAGUUGGCGGUGGCCAGGAUAAAGUUGCUGAAGAACAAGAGAGAGGUGGUGGUGAGGCAGAUGAGGCGAGACAUUGCGUUGCUUCUCCAGUCUGGUCAAGAUGCCACUGCUCGUAUCAGGGUUGAGCACGUGAUGAGAGAGCAAAAUAUUUUGGCUGCAAAUGAGUUCGUUGAACUCUUUUGUGAGUUAGUUGUGGCUAGACUUUCAAUCAUUGCAAAACAAAGGGAAUGCCCUGCAGAUCUGAAAGAAGGGAUUGCUAGCCUAAUAUUUGCAGCCCCUAGGUGCUCAGAAAUUCCAGAGCUUUCGGCACUUAAAGAUAUCUUUCAGAAGAAGUAUGGCAGAGACUUUGUAUCUGCUGCUACUGAUCUGAGACCAAGCUGUGGUGUAAAUCGCCUGCUAAUUGACAAGCUCUCGGUGCGAACACCUCCCGGGGAAGCAAAGUUGAAAGUGAUGAAGGAAAUAGCUAAGGAAUAUCAGGUUGAAUGGGAUACAACAGAAUCUGAGAAAGAACUUCUCAAGCCACCAGAAGAGCUAAUAGAAGGACCAAACACUUUUGUCAGUGCCAGCAACUUACCCGUCAAGCCUUCCACAACUACUCAAUUCAGGGAGACCAACAAACCCACUUCCAAGUUAGCAGGCUGUAGCGGCCAGGGUGGCAACGUGCAGUUUGAAGACUCGAAGUCUGCUGCUGAGGCAGCAGCUGAAUCAGCCAUGAAAGCAAUAGCUGCUGCAGAAGUUGCUGCUUAUAUGGCUAAGAAGGAAGAAGCUACUCAACGAUCUAUUUACGAUGAUAAGUUGAAUAACUCAGGAAUUGAUUCAGUGUUCUUCCAAUCAAAUAAUGGUCCUGCAAAUAACGCCCACAGGAUGGAUCGUCAAGUGAAAACCCAAGAGACAAUGCACAAGUCGCGUAGCUUACCAAGGUCUGAUCACGUAGACGUGAAUUGUGAAAAGGGUUAUAGGAGAUACAGCUACAAUCCAACUUCUGCGCAUUCGGAUAUUAAAUUUGAUGAAUCAGAUUGUGACGAAGAGAUUGAAAAGGAAGAAGAACCUCAUGGCGUUUGGCCGCCGCCUAACCGGCCCCCGCCACCAGCACCUUCAUCUCGGGAUGGAAAUGCUCGUGUUCACCCCAAAUUGCCGGAUUAUGAUGAACUCGCUGCGCGCUUUGAAGCAUUGAAAUUCAAGAAGUCUCAGUUCUAAUUUAUAUAACUAUCAUAAAUUACUCGCAUACAUGCACACACAGUAUUUGACAAUAUUUGAAAACAUGUAUACACAGUAUGUCAUGCUAUUUGAUAUUAUACUUUAUAAUUGUUGGGAAUUGCGAUGCCAAGUGCUAAUACACUUAACUUGAUAUGGGAUGCCUCACAUCUAGAGAAUUUGUCUUAA